GGCUUGGUUGGCAUCCAGCCCAGGAAAAAUGUUAGUCUGGAGGCGAGCGUUGGUGGGUACGGAUCAAGUGGAAAUCCCUGAACGUUGAACUUUUGUGAGUGGGAUGUGCCUCGUCGAAUUGGAUUGAAGCAGUGAAAAUGAUUGCGCUGAUAGUGAUUGUUACAGUGCUCGCGUAUGUUCUGGGCAAUUUCUUCAAGGAAAAACGAAAACUGCAGAAAAUUGCCGCUCAUUUUGGAGGUCCGAAACCGUUGCCAUUGAUUGGAAAUUUACUGGAGUUCAACACCGACAUUCCGGGAAUUUUCGAAAAAGGGAUUCACCUGAUCAAGAAGCAUGGGCCCAAUGUUUUCCUUUGGGGCCUCCUGAACGAGAACAUCCUGAUCCUGGGCGACACAAAACUAGUCGAAAAGGUCCUUCUGGCGAAGCAGACACAGAAAUCACUACUGUACACCUUCUUGAACAGCUGGCUACGUACCGGACUACUUCUAUCCAGUGGCGAGAAAUGGUUCCAAAGGCGGCGGAUCAUCACUCCGACAUUUCACUUCAAAAUUCUGGAACAGUUUGUGACGGUGUUCAACCGCGAGGCGGAAACCAUGGUUGAUCUGAUGAGAAAACAUGUCGGCGGGAAGGAGUUCGACGUUUAUUCGUAUGUGACACUGAUGGCACUGGAUAGCGUUUGCGAAACUUCAAUGGGAACGACGGUGAAUGCUCAGCACGAUCCCGACAAUCGCUACGUGCGGAACGUGAAACGAAUGUCUGUCCUAUUCCUGUUGCGGGUUGUUAGCCCACUUGCUGGUCGUCCGGAGAUAUACACCGUUGUGCAUCCCAAUGCCUAUGAGCAAAGGAAAAUCGUUCGGGAGCUACACGAAUUCACCGACAACGUGAUUACCAACCGAAGAAAACAGCUGCAGUCCGAACAAACGUUGGAUAUCAAUCGGAACGUAGAGGGUGUGUACACCAAACAGAAGAUGACUUUCUUGGAUUUGUUGCUGAAUGUCACGAUCGAUGGUAAACCGUUGAGCGAUGAGGACAUUCGAGAGGAGGUUGAUACCUUUAUGUUUGAGGGUCACGAUACCACCACCAGUGGCAUAUCCUUUACCAUCUACCAAUUAGCGUUGAACCCCCAUGUUCAAGAUAAAAUCUACGAGGAGAUUGUAGCCGUUCUAGGGAAGAAUCACAAAUCGAUUGAACUAACGUACCAGUUAUUACAAGAGUUCAAAUACCUGGAGAUGGCGAUCAAGGAAGGUUUGCGCCUAUUCCCUUCCGUCCCAUUCAUUGGACGCAAUCUGGUGGAGGAUAUCGAACUGGAUGGCAUCACGCUACCUGCCGGGCAGGACAUUCUGAUCCCGAUCUACAUGAUCCACCGCAAUCCGGAGGUGUACCCCGACCCAGAGCGGUACGAUCCGGAGCGCUUUUCGGACAGUGCCGAGUCCAAGCGGGGUCCGUACGACUACAUUCCGUUCAGUGCUGGCGCACGAAAUUGUAUCGGACAACGGUUUGCCAUGUUGGAGAUGAAAACAGCGCUGAUCAAACUGAUCAGCAACUAUCGCAUUUUACCGGGUGAAUCGCUGAGAGAAUUGCGCGUGAAGACGGAUUUGGUUAUUAGACCCGAUGCAGGUGUUCCUAUUCGGUUGGUAGAUCGAGUGUAACUGGUCGAAGGGAUUUGCAUGCGUCGGUACUUGAGUUAUAUAAGUUAGACUGUUUUUAAAUAGUUGGCAGUACUUGUAAUUAACUAUAUUCAAUAAGUUAAGGAUAAGGAUAUACGGGAAAAAACAUUUCUCAGACCGUAAUUAAAUCAAUUAGACACACUUAUGUCAUUUUUUUUAAAGAUGUAUCAUCAUUAUCAUCCCCAUCAUCAACAUUAUCACCGUAGCAUGAGGUAUGAAAAAUCUCACCGUCCA